AUGAGAAUGCCUAGAAGUCGAAGGAGAAGGCGUUCGGUUUGUUCGAGGGACACAAGUCCGUCUACACUUUACCCUAGACAUUAUUUAGAUGAACGUUUGGAUAGAAAUUGCUCCCCUUUAGAGGAGGUACGCUUCUCACGGAAGCACAUUCGUAGUCGAAGUAGAGACAGAUUUCGACAUCACCACUAUCGUGAACGAAGCCGUAGUAGCGAAAGAAGCACUCAUAGAAGACGGCAUAGACACCACAACGACGUGACCGAUGGCUACAGUAUCUAUACCCGGAGCCAUGCUGAGGAGCGGUGCUACUCCACAAGCCGGGACGAUGAAGAUGGACACCUCAUAUAUCACAAAGGAGACCAGCUGCACUCCAGAUAUGAAGUUCACUGUUUGCUAGGUGAGGGAACCUUCGGCAAGGUGUUGGAAUGCUAUGACAAGAAAACAGGGGAUGUGGUUGCUGUUAAAGUGAUAAAAAACAUCGAAAAAUAUAGGGAAGCUGCAAAAUUAGAAAUCAAAGUUUUAGAAAAAAUCAACCAAAAAAACAGAUAUGGUAAAAGUCUAUGCAUAAAAAUGCUUGACUGGUUCAACCAUCAUGGACAUAUGUGUCUGGUGUUCGAAAAAAUGGGAUUAAGUGUCUUCGACUUCAUGAAAGAUAAUAACUACGAACCCUAUCCUCUUGAUCAAGUACGGCACAUCUCAUAUCAGCUCAUAGUUGCUGUCAAAUUUCUGCAUGAGAUGAAGCUAACUCACACAGACCUCAAACCAGAGAACAUGCUCUUUGUCAACUCUGAUUGUGAUGUAUUCUACAACAAAGAUACUAAGCAAGACCAGCGAUAUGUGAAGAGUUCUCACAUGCGGCUUAUUGACUUUGGCUCUGCUACAUUUGAGCAUGAACACCACAGCACAACCGUCUCCACUAGACAUUACAGAGCCCCCGAAGUGAUCCUAGAACUUGGCUGGUCGUACCCUUGUGACAUCUGGAGUAUUGGGUGCAUCAUGUUUGAGCUCUACACUGGCUUUACUCUAUUCCAGACUCAUGAGAAUAGGGAGCACUUAGCCAUGAUGGAGAGAAUCAUUGGACCAAUUCCAUCAGAUUUUGCAAAGAAAUCCAGGAAAACAAAGUAUUUCUACAAAGGGAAGCUUGAGUGGGAUGAGAAGUCUUCAUCAGGGAAAUAUGUCAGAGAGAACUGUAAACCUUUGAAGAAAUACAUGCUGUCAGAUAGUGAGGGCCAUCAGCUGUUCUUCAAUCUGCUAGACUACCUCCUUGAAUACGACCCGGAGAAGCGUAUCACUGCCAAGGAGGCUAUGCAGCACCCGUUCUUCAACUCUAUGUACUAUGACUGUGAAAUGAGGCAUUCUCACAGCAAGAGUAGAUGACUAGAUCUAGAGAUGACCAAGCCGUGCACCCAUUCUGGGUCUGCAUCGCUCUAUCUUGCAUUGAUCUUCCUAUUCUUCGUUGCAGUUUCAGUUUGAGGGUAGUCUUAUGUGAGUCUUGGGUUGUCACUAGGCUAAAGAGAACCCUAGUUACACCCUAACACUGCACAUGAUAUUUCAAAGAAUCUUUUGUAGACUGGAGGGCUAUCUCCGAGCUAUUUGUAUUCUAUUUCAGUUUCUAAUAACAGAGUGCAAAGACAAACUGUUGUCUUUUCACUGUGUUAGAUGUUGUAACAUCACAAAAAAUAAUCAAUGCCGCAUACAAAUUCCCUAAAUGCAUUCAUUGCAGUUUUGCAUCUAGGCUAUUAAUAGAGAAGAUAGAAAAUGGUUUCUCAAAGUUGUACUGAAAUGUCUUUUUAUGUGCAAUCUGAUAUUUUAAGCUAUAUUUAACCAAGUUUUGUGAAUACGAAACAAAUCUUGGAAUCUGUCCGUGUGGACUUACAUAAAUUGUAUAUUGUUGUACAUAUAGAUUAUAGUAAAUGCAUUAAAAAAGAAAAAGGGCGAAA